GUAAACAUGGCGUCUGCCUUGGACGAUGAUGAGAUCCUUAAUGAUGAUUAUUAUUCCCUGCUAAAUGUCAGGAGAGAGGCAACACAGGAGGAGCUGAAGGCGGCAUACAGGCGGUUAUGCAUGCUGUAUCACCCAGACAAACACCGGGACCCUGAGCUAAAGCGUCAAGCAGAACAGCUUUUUAACCUCGUACAUGAAGCUUAUGAAGUGCUUAGUGACCCACAAGCACGAGCUAUUUAUGAUAUCUAUGGCAAGAGAGGACUCGAAGUUGAAGGAUGGGAGGUGGUGGAAAGAAAAAGAACCCCUGCAGAGAUUCGAGAAGAGUAUGAGCGUCUUCAGAAGGAGCGAGAGGAGAGAAGGCUUCAGCAAAGGACCAACCCAAAGGGAACGAUUAGUGUGGGUAUUGAUGCCACGGACCUCUUUGACCGAUAUGAGGAGGACUAUGAGGAUAUGGUUGCAGGGGGAGUCCCACAUGUGGAAAUCAACAAGAUGCACAUAUCACAGUCCAUAGAGGCUCCACUCACCACAAAAGACACAGCCGUUUUGUCUGGCUCCUUGUCAACCCACAACGGGAAUGGAGGUGGCACCAUUAACUUGGCCUUGAGAAGAGUCACCUCAGCUAAGGGUUGGGGAGAGGUGGAGCUUGGUGCUGGAGACACCCACGGACCUCUCUUUGGAAUGAAGAUAUUCCGAAACUUGACGCCCCGAUUCUUUGUGACCGCUCAGUGCGGGCUCCAGUUUUCAUCCCGAGGCGUGCGUCCUGGUUUUACCACAGUGUUGGCCCGUCACUUAGACAAGAACACUAUGGGCUAUCUGCAGUGGCGCUGGGGGAUCCAGUCUUCUAUGAACACCAGCAUAGUCAGGGACACCAAGAGCAGCCAUUUCACCUUCGCAAUGCAGCUUGGGAUUCCUCACACUUUUGUGAUGAUGAGCUACCAGUACAAGUUCCAGGAUGACGACCAGACGAAGAUUAAGGGCUCAGUGAAAUCAGGUUUCUUUGGGACUGUGGUAGAGUACGGUGCGGAGAGGAAGAUCAGUCGACAUAGUGUCCUGGGGGCCACCGUCAGCGUGGGAGUGCCUCAAGGUGUCUCCCUCAAGAUCAAACUAAACAGAGCCAGCCAGACGUAUUUCUUCCCUGUUCACCUGACUGACCAACUCCUGCCCAGUGCAGUGUUUUACGCCACAGUUGGACCACUGGUUUUCUACCUCGCCAUCCAGCAGCUGAUUAUUCGCCCCUACGUGCGGGCCCAGAAGGAACAAGACUUGGAGAAGCAGCGGGAGAGCUCGGCCUCUAAUAUAGCUAAGAAGAAACAGGAGGCAGAGGCUGCCGUCUUGCUCAUGCAGGAGUCUGUGCGCAGGAUUAUUGAAGCCGAGGAGUCUAGAAUGGGUCUCAUCAUCCUCAACGCCUGGUACGGCAAGUUUGUGACAGACAAUAGCAGAAAACACGAAAGGGCAAAGGUCAUUGAUGUGACUGUGCCACUGCAGUGUCUGGUGAAAGACUCUAAACUUAUCCUCACUGAGGCUACAAAGUCGGGACUCCCUGGCUUCUACGACCCCUGUGUGGGGGAGGAGAAGAGCCUGAAGGUGCUGUAUCAGUUCCGCGGAGUCAUGCAUCAAGUCCUGUCAGGAGACGCAGAACCACUCAGGAUACCAAAGCAAUCUCACAGGAUUGAUGCAGACACAUAGGAGCUCCUCCGCUGACCAAAAAGACUCGUCUCUCAGCUGUCUGACAGAAGAUGGAUAAAGCUCUUUUAGAUACGACGUGGAUUGAAGUCCUUGUUUCUCAGAAAUCGUGCAUUUACCUUUUGUCUUUAUAUUCAUUUAAAUAUGCAGAGCAGCGUAAAAGCAUCACAGACUGGAUUGAUGAUAAGUCAGUUCAGUACCCAUGGACAGGGUAGUGGCCUGCAUGAAAUUCUAAUGUGACACCAAAAUCAAUGGCUACUAUCCUGUUUCCCAGGUCCUCUAGCCUCCUUGGUAUCCAUUUAUUUUUGGUAUGGCUUGUAAUUUAUGAUGGAGUUCUAUGUACUGUAUUGUACACAAACUGCAGUGCCUCUGAUUGAAGACAUGAACGCACCUCUGUUUAUUUGCCAUAUUAUUAAAAUCAGUCUGUCUCAUGUUGCUUAACCAUUUUGGUACUUUAAAAAAAACAAGCUGUGUAUUUUUUGUAAUGCUUGUAAGAUGAAAUGUUUUCGAUAGUUUUGGUUUAACCCAAGCAGUUAAAGGAGCGGCGGGUAGGAUUUAGCGGCAUCUAGCGGUGAAGUUUCAACCAAAUGUGGCGGUAAAAUACGGCGGAGUCCGUGGAAGAGGCAACAAAAACAAAACAAAUCUCAUUUUCAGGCGAUUUUCCACUAAUGAAAACAUUAGAUUCCAUUUCUGCUAAUAUAUCCCCUAAAUCCUACACACUGGACCUUUAACUUGGAACAUCCUUUAUUGUUAGCGUGGUAAAUGCAAGACAACUACUGAACUGUGAAUUUGAAUAUGAAUGUGGUGGAGAGUACAAAAAACAGC